AUGGACGAAAUCCUUAGGGACAUAGACUUCGCUUUCCCCUAUCUAGAUGACAUACUGAUUGCGUCAAAAGAUGAAGCUAACCAUGAGCGUCAUUUGUGUACAGUCUUCGAGCGCCUUCGAGAGCAUGGUGUUGUCAUAAAUACUGCUAAAAGCAUCUUCGGAGUACCAGAGGUAGAAUUUUUAGGCUUCAUGGUCUCAGCAGAAGGUACGAGGCCCAUAAAAGAAAAGGUCAGUGCUAUUUUAAAUUUUCCAUUACCCAAAACUGUACGAGAGCUCAGAAGAUAUCUUGGUAUGUUGAAUUUUUAUAGGCGAUUCAUACCAAACGCUGCUCAAGUACAGACGCCACUGCAUCUUCUAUUAAUGGGAGAAAAUGUAAAGCCAUCUACGCUCAUCACCUGGAAACCAAAACUCGAGCAAUGUUUCGCAGAAAGUAAGGCAAGUUUGGCAAAUGCCAGUUUAUUAGCUCAUCCCGAUCCGACAGCAGAAUGGGCGAUUGCUACCGACGUAUCAGAUACUGCUGUAGGAGCAGUUUUACAACAGAAGAAUGACUCAGGCUGGAUACCGUUAGCAUUCUUCUCCAAAAAGCUUAACACAGCUCAAAGGAAGUAUAGCCCGUAUGAUAGAGAGCUGCUAGCUAUGUAUGAGGCAAUAAAAUAUUUUAAAUUUAUGAUAGAAUCUCGAUCUUUUAUAUUAUUCACUGACCAUAAACCAAUUAUAUUAGCGUUUAAUAAUAAUUCAAGGAAUUUAUCACCACGAUAA